UUGGUCGAUAACGCAACAGUAAGUUUACAGCAGUCGAACUAUACGCAAGUGUCACACAAAUAAUUAAAAAUUAAUAAUUUUUUAAAAAUAAUAAAUAAAUAAUAAGCAUGAAAGCACGCACAACAAUCGCAUUCAUCACCUUCGGUGUCUUGGCAGCGCUGGUCGCCACCAGCAUUGCCACCAACAGCACUUGGGGUCAACGUGGACGCUACGAUCGCCUGCUCUACCGCACACAGGUCGUCAAGAAGUCCAACUUGUGGCGUGUGAUAUCUGUGGACGUGGAAUAUCCCGGAAAGAACGCUUACAGUCCCUACUACAUCACCCAAGUAGUGGCUGUCGAUCAUAAACGCAAGGAUGGUGGCUAUGCGCAGCUACGCAAAGGUGGUCCCGGCUACCGCAAUGUAACCCUCCAUAUCAAAUCCAACCGCAACCAUGGCCUGAACUACACUGUUGAGAUCUUCGGCAAUUACACCAACAUGAAGCCGUCAAUCACCAGCGUUCUCUUCUUGCUUGUCGCUUUAGCCGGUGUGGCGAUUGCGGCCAAUAGCUCGUGGGGUGCACGUAAUAGCACGGAUAUAUUAUUGUUGCGUGAGAGUGUUGUGCGUUCACCGCUUAAAAACGGCUACCAGAGUGUCAACGUGGUUUUCCCGAAAUCGGGCCAAACCAACACCCGUGCCAUUUCGGCUAUUCUCGUUAUCGAUCGUUUUACCAACAGCUCCGGCGCUUAUAGCAGCCUUUGGUCUGGCGGUGUCGGCUAUCGUUUUGUUUCCCUCAAUUUGAAGAGUCAAUAUAAUCGUGGUAUUAACUCAACUGUGGAAAUUUAUAGCAAACGCUAAACGCAAAACGUGCUUCUUUGCGCUAGAAAAUGCAGCUUACGUACAUAUAUACAAACAAACAUACAUAUUUACGGACAUAAUAGUGUGUGUGGCAAAAGCGAACUAGUUUUGUAAUAUGGUACAUGCAACAUCUCUUGCCUACAAGCAAGUUAUGUGUAUGUGGCAAGGUUUUAUGUGUAUUUUUAUAUGGCAAUAAACAACAACUCGGAUUAGCGUAACUUGCAACUAUUUUGAA